AUGUUUGGGGCAACGUUAACGUUCGUUGCGUUGGUCAUUUCCGUGGCACUGUACGCGUAUGUGCAAAAGUUCAGUAAACUCCUUAAGCACAGCGGAAAACUUGGUGGUCCAACUGCAUUUCCGCUGAUUGGAAAUGGGUUGCUUUUCGCUGGUAAAACACCGUCCGAAUUCUUACCGACCGUGGGACGAUUGAUUCAACAGUAUGGCAAAUGUUUCCGGUUGUGGUUGGGAACGCAAAUGCUCAUCAUUAUCACUGAUCCCAAGGACAUCGAGGUAAUUUUGAGCAGCAACAAGUACAUCGACAAAUCCAUCGAGUAUAACUUCGUGCGACCGUGGCUGGGUGAAGGACUGUUGACCAGCAGCGGACGGAAGUGGCACACACACCGGAAGGUGAUCACACCGACGUUUCACUUCAAAAUUUUGGAGCAGUUUGUGGAAGUUUUCGACCAGCAGAGCAACACGUUCGUGCAGGUGCUGGGAGCACACGCCAAAACGGGCAGCACGUUCGACAUCUUCCGCCCCGUAACGCUGUGUGCGUUGGAUGUUAUCUGCGAAACCGCGAUGGGAACAAAGGUCAAUGCUCAGCUGAACACCGAAUCGGAGUACGUGCAGGCCGUGAAGGACAUAACGAAUUUGGUGCAGAUUCGAUUGUUUAAUUUCCUUAUUCGCUAUGAGUUUUUCUAUCGUCUUUCUUCGAACCGCCGCAAGCAGUUGGAAGCGCUGAAGGUAUUGCACGGAUAUACGGACAGUGUCAUCAAGAAUCGACAAAAGGAGCUACAGACCGGGAAGACCAACGCGCUCGACAUCAAUGAGAACGAUUUGGGCAUUAAGAAGAAGAUGGCAUUCUUGGAUAUGUUGCUGCAGUCGAAAAUCGAUGGACAACCGUUGACGGAUCUAGAGAUACGUGAGGAGGUCGAUACGUUCAUGUUCGAGGGACACGAUACGACGACGUCGGCCAUCAGCUUCUUGCUGCAUAACCUUGCGAAGCAUCCCGAAGUACAGCAGAAAGUGUUUGAUGAGGUGCGAAACAUUGUUGGAGAUGAUCGUACGCGGCCCGUUACCAUGGCGAUGCUGAACGAUAUGAACUAUCUCGAUCUGGUGAUCAAGGAAACGCUUCGGAUGUAUCCAUCGGUACCGAUGAUUGGCCGUAGAAUGUUGGAAGAUGUCGAAAUUAAUGGUAAAAUAUUCCCGGCGGGUUCGAAUGCAAUCAUAAUGCCAUUUUUCCUCGGCCGCAAUGCCGAAUUCUUCCCCAAUCCGGAAAAGUUUGAUCCGGAGCGGUUCAACGUGGAAACCUCGGCGGAAAGGACGAAUCCGUACCAGUAUGUGCCGUUCAGUGCUGGACCUAGGAAUUGCAUUGGGCAGAAGUUCGCCAUCGCCGAAAUCAAGAGCCUUACCAGCAAAGUGUUGCGAUAUUAUGAAAUAUUGCCACCGGCCGGACAGUAUGAUGAAUCAUUCAUCGCUGAACUGAUUCUGCGUCCCGAGAAGGGAAUUUACGUUCGAUUGAAGUCAAGAGUUUAUUAA